AUGGAAAGCAUAACAAGUUUUUCCGUUUCGCUUAUCAAGGGGUUCGUCGAUAGUUUGAGGGGAGUUACUGUGCUGUUAUAUCUAGAUAAAGAAAUAAACGAACGAGCUUUGAGCCGAUCUCCACAGACCGAUGCGGAUUCAAAACAUAAACAAAAACAGCCCAAAGUUAGACAGGAAUCGAAAGUACUUACACGAGUAUUACAAUCAUGUAUACUCAAUGGCUUCAUAUUCUUACUUAGUAUCUUAGUAUUUGAGUAUGUUCUACUCCCAGCCAUUAAAUACUUAGUUAUGGUUAUUUUUGGUCAUGAUCCUGGUGUAGCCCAUAAUGUGUGGGCAUGGAUGCAACCAUUCCUGCUAAUGACUUUCCGAAUGAUAUGGGUGCUGCCGCUGUUCUUGUUAAGUAAACUUGUGAACAGUUUAUGGUUUCAAGACAUAGCUGAUUCAGCUUACCGACAUCGACGUGGCCGGCCACAAUUCAUGUCGAGUGUAAGCAAAAUAAUAGCAGACUCCCUGUUCAGUUUGCUGGUGCAAGCUUUAUUUCUAGUACAGAGCAUGUUGGUCAGCAUGCUUCCCUUAACCUACGUAGGCGAGUUGCUCUGCCUAAUUCACAUGUGUCUACUGUACUCGCUCUAUUCGUUCGAGUACAAAUGGUUCAACAUGGGCUGGGAGCUGCACAAGCGCUUGACAUUCAUCGAGUCCAACUGGCCGUAUUUCGUCGGCUUCGGACUCCCCUUAGCCGUUUUGACUCAGAUACCUCAGUCUUAUAUUAUAAGCGGGUGCGUUUUCUCGAUAUUCUUCCCGGUUUUCAUAUUGAGCGGCAACGAAGCGACGCCUGUCGUAGGAAGUGAAUAUCCCUUGAAGCUUUUCUCGCCCGUUGUGGCGAUAUCAAACGGUAUGUUCCGUUUUGUGCGCCAUGGAGCCGAAUCGGUCACGCAAAACAGGUGAUAAUUAAAUGAACUACCUAUAUAUAAAGGAGAUUGUCGUGCCACAAGACUUCGAAUUAAAUAAAUAAAAAUAAAUAAUAGUUUCAAAAAACUAACAAAAUACGCUUUUAUAGAAAA